UCCAACCUUGACAUGAACGGUUCCGGGAGUAGCAACGACAACGGCAAUCGCGAAGGGUCCCUAUCACCCAAACGCGCGCCUCCGGGCCAACAUAUUCGCAUCCCGGAGCAACUUCAACGCCCGCAUUUGAAUCAGAGUCAUAGGAGCCUCAGCGAUGCGUUGAGGUUAGUCAGGAGUCGCGAAGAGCAAGAGACAUUGUUGGGGGAUGAUGAAGUGGCGGAUCCAGAUGGGUGUUUGAGGGAGGAUGGGUUGAUGAAUGGGCCGAGGGAGAUCUUUUGUAGGGAUCCGCAUCAGGAUUUGCCGGUUUAUUAUACGAUUCAUCGUAUUCGCCGAAUCAUUUUAGCCAGUAUCGACGAUCCGUAUACAAUGGAUCAGCUGAAGGAGCCUCGCAUGAAUGUCCUGAUCGUCAAGCCCCUCGUCGAUCGACUGUAUGAUGAAGAAGAUGCGUCCGUCGUAUAUUGCCUCUUGGUCAAUCGAACUCAAUUCUUACGAGAGCAAGCGUUCCAGCAUCACCAUCAAACAGUGAACCUAACGCGAGCACAUCUAUGUGAGCUAGUUGCAACUAAGAUGUUGCGUAAGUACGACGCAGAUCGUCCCGGGCGUGAUGGGCUUCUUUGGCUCGCUCAUAUCCUAGUUUCUCCAUUCCAGCCAUUUCAAAAUGCUCCUCAGGAAGUCCUACGAGGCAACCGACAUGUCUCCUGGCUGGGCCAAGAGCAGGGCGGUUAUGAAGGCAAAUUGACCGCACUAGAAGUCGCGAUUGUUUCAGAAAGCAAAAUCUUUCUCAGCAGCUCCGCCUGCCAGAAAGUUGUAGAUGCUGUCUACCGAGGCAGGAUUGUCUACACUCCAACAUCCUUCAUUGACAUCAUUCCGGAUCAUUACAAACACAAACCUAUCUCGUUAUACGAUCCCAGAAAGUCGCGUAUAAUGAACCAGUAUCGUUUAAUCGUACCUCGAACGCGGAACUUCAUCGAAGUCGUCCAAUUCGUAAUACUCUUGGGCCUAUACUGUCUUUGUAUGAUGAAUCGAGACCAAGCUAAAUUUACUACUGAGGAAGCGUGGUUCAUGAUAUACGCUGCAGGGUGGGUUCUAGAUGAGUUUGCAUCCAUGCUUGAGCAUGGGUGGCAUGUGCACACCCAGAAUCUGUGGUCAUUCCUCGAUAUCACAUUCGUCAUUAUUUAUGUCCUCUAUUCCAUGAUCCGUAUCCACGGAUGGAUCAUAGGAAGUGUCGAGGAGGGGAGGCAAGCGCUCGAUAUCCUUGCUAUUGCGGCACCAAUCUUGUUACCUCGACUGGCAUUCAAUGUCAUGCCUGAGAACAUGCUCUUUAUUUCCCUACGUGCAAUGAUGGCGGACUUUACUACACUAAGUCUCAUUGCAGUCUGGUGCUUUGGUGGCUUCCUUCUAGCACUGAAGUGGCUAAGCAUAGGCAACGAUAAGGUCGACUUUGAGGACUCCCCGAAUCCGAUCACGAUCUCAAAAUGGAUGCUUUGGAUCUGGUUUGGCCUCGAUGGCACUGGCAUUCAAGAGGCUCCCAAAUUCCACGAAAUCCUCGGCCCUACUUUAAUGGUUGUGUACGCGUUCUUAGGAAACACCCUCUUCCUCACAGUCCUUGUCUCCAUCCUCUCAAACACAUUCUCGAAGAUUGCCGCCGAUGCUACAGCCGAAAUCCAAUUCCGCAGAGCUGUCUUGACCUUUGAGGGUGUCAAAUCAGACGCUAUCUUCGCAUAUAGACCGCCCUUCAACAUCCUUGCCCUCCUAUUCCUCCUACCCUUAAAAUUCGUCCUCACGCCCCGCUGGUUCCACAAGAUCAAUAUCACUAUGGUGCGAGUCCUCAACGCACCGAUCCUUAUCCUCAUUGCCCUGCACGAACGCCGUUCUCUUUGGAAGCCAAGCCGAAAACAAAACCCCCUCGGACCUUCCAAACACUCGAAAUGGGGAUUCUGGAACUGGAGCAAUUUCUCCGUGCAUGCCGAUAUUCAAGCUGUCUUCGAAGAAGAGCCGCCUCAGGAAAUCAUUGAUAAGAUCGAGGAAGAGGAUGAGCUCGAAGACGCUAUUCUUGAAAACAGCUUUGCGGGUGCGAGAUCUAGGAGCAUUAGUCCGAAUAUGGUGCCCAGGAGAAGGAGGUUGAGCAGUGUCUGGCAGGGCUGAUCCCUAGUUCUGCCCCUCAUGGCUAACCUUCUGCAGUUCCUGGUACCGUCGGGUACGACGCGGAUGAGAGAUUCGACGAUUGCUAAUAGACGUGGAGGAAUUUCGAGGAGUUUGGGCUUUAGAAGUUUAAUUUGACUUGGACGCCUCUUUUGCGGAUACUGUGCAAGCGGUUUGCAUUCUC